AUGGCAGGUUUUCUUAUUCCACCAUGGUACAAGAGCGAGAAGCCCGGAGAUCUCGAGAUCAAUAUCGUCAGCAUCAUCUUUGGCUGCAGUUUGGGCGCGACCAUGUUUACUGCUGCCAUGGCGUUUCAACAGACAUACUCUGCAUACAGAAGAGGGAGGCACUUCAGCGCAUACAUCAUCAUGUGCUGGCUUGAUUGGAUUGGAUGCAAUGUUAUGGGCACUGUCACGUACUGCUGGUUGAGGGGGAUCAGUCCGCCGAGCUUCUGGGUCUUUUUCUUUAUCAUCGUCGCUUGGAGCAUGCAGAUCCAAUUUACCCUUCAAAUCAUCAUCAACCGAAUAUCGCUCCUCUUGGCCAACAAACGAAACAUCAACCGAGUCAAAUGGGGCGUCGCAUUUAUCGCAUCUCUCAUUAACAUCAGCGGCUUCUGUAUCUGGAUCCCCGCGCGCUUGCAAAUAUCUCCUUUGUACGAAGAAAUUAAUAUUGUUUGGGACCGCACCGAGAAAGCCAUUUUCCUUAUCGUCGAUUUGGCUCUUAAUGUCUACUUUAUUUACCUCGUCCGAUCCAGGUUGAUUAAGUAUGGAUUGACCAAGUAUAACAAACUCUUUUAUUUUAAUGUCGCUAUGGAAGUUAUAUCUGUGUCGCUGGAUAUAAUCUUGAUGGGAGCCACAUUCCUCCCAAGCCCUGUGGUAUAUGUUCAAUUCCAUCAACUCGUCUACCUCCUCAAACUAUACAUUGAGAUGAACGUCGCAUCUCUCCUGGGUCAUAUCGUCAGGGAUUCGCAACAACAAAACGCCCGACCCUCCACAAACAGAUUCGGCCGUAACGAUCUUGAGCAUUCAUCCGGCGCCAGAAUGACAACUUCAAUAUCAUCCAAUCAUAUCACGCAUGUCCGACUUGCUGACCAGUCUGACGACACAACAUACAUGAGUAGACCGCGACAAGAGGAUGGAAUUGUGAAGAAGACGGAAACGACCGUGGUUUUCAACCGUGUUCGGAGUAUGAAGAUUGCUUCGGGUCAGCCUCAACCGUUUAAUUAG